UCACGAUUGAACGUGUAAAAGUUAAAAUGUCUAACCCCGGUGAAUUAGAAAACGCAAAUCAAGCAGCAGCGGCAAGUGUCGCCGUCAAGCUUCCGGAUUUUUGGAAAAAUGAUCCGGUGAUGUGGUUCGCCCAGGCGGAAGCACAGUUCGCCUUUGCCAACGUUGUUCGCGACCACACGAAGUUUUACCACAUCAUCGCCAAGAUCGACCAUUCGGUAAUCUGUCACGUAACCGAUUUGGUUAGCAAUCCGCCAAACGAGAACGAAUACGACGCAGUAAAAAAUCGUCUGAUUGCAAGAUUUCAAGUGUCUGCGCAAGGCAGACUCGAGCGGCUGCUAGGUUCCUGUGACUUAGGUGAUAUGCGGCCGACUCACUUACUCGCAAAGAUGCAAGAGAUGGCCGCAGGAUUAAACGUAACAGACGACUUAUUGAAGAUGCUUUUUCUUCAAAGAAUGCCACCUAACGUUAAAGCAAUCCUUUCUAUCAGCGACGGUACAAUCGGGAAACUAGCGGAGAUGGCGGAUAAAAUGUUAGAAUCCCCAACCAGUCAUACUGCGGCCACGUCAAGUGAUCCGGAUGUCAACAACGUGAACGAGUACAACGAUAUACGGAACCAAAUUGCGGUUCUCACGGCCGAGAUACGGCAUAUGCGAGCGUCACGGAGGGAUUCACAACGCACUCGUUCGGCGUCUAGAUCGUCAAGAGAAGAGGAAAUUUGUUGGUAUCAUCGCAAGUAUGGCGGACGCGCACUAAAAUGCCGAGAAUCCUGCAAGUAUAACCACUCAAAAAACUAAUCAAUUGUUCAUCCGGAGCGACGGGUGUGAACGAUUCAUUUACGAGUCGCCGCAUAUUUCUUCACGACCGCACGAGCAAUUUUAAAUUUCUGAUUGACACCGGUUCCGACGUUUCCAUCGUACCGGCUAAAAAUAAUGAUAGAUCGAAAGGAGCUACUUCAUUUGAUCUCCACGCUGCAAAUGGAACUAAAAUAAAAGUUUACGGUAAAGGUUAUCUGUCAACUGAUUUGGGAUUACGACGAAGAUUCAACUGGUGUUUUCUGGUAGCAGAUGUUGGUGCGGCCAUAAUAGGUGCCGAUUUUCUAGCAGCGUUCGGUAUUCAAGUUGACGUUAAGCACCGGAGCGUUACAAUUCCAACCACAAUUACGACAGAAGCACAGCACGAUAUCACUCAUCACAUCCAAACAAAAGGCCCUCCGGUGGCUUUUAAAUGUCACAGAAUGCCACCCGACAAGCUGGAAGCAGCAAGGAAGGAGUUUCAACUGAUGACUGAA